AUGACUAAUGAGGACGAACACGAAGGGGCAGAAGAGUCGCUUGUCGAAAUUACAGACGACAUGUACGAUAAUCUACAACGGAGUGGUAACACAACAGAAGAAGAAUCAACAGAGCUUCUUUUCCAAAUUAUAGACGACAUGUACGAUAAGCUACAACAAAAUGGUAAUACUGCAGAAGGAGAAUCAACAGACCCUCUUUCCGAAAUUACAAACAACCUGUACGAUAAGCUACAACAAAAUGGUAAUACUGCAGAAGGAGAAUCAACAGACCCUCUUUCCGAAAUUACAAACAACCUGUACGGUAAUACUGCAGAAGGAGAAUCAACAGACCCUCUUUCCGAAAUUACAAACAACCUGUACGAUAACCCCCAACAAAAUGGUAAUACUGCAGAAGGCGAAUCAACAGACCCUCUUUCCGAAAUCACAAACGACAUGUAUCAGAACUCAGAAGGAAAUGGAAACGGAACAGAGGAACUUUUCCAAAGUGCGUACGACCCAGCUGAGUUAAGUGAAAAAUGCCACAUCGUUUUUCACAGCUUUAUAGAGGAAGAUAUAAAUGAAAUAAUCAAUUCGGUGAAUGAUAAUUUAUUCAAGAGAGAGAUGCUUGAGAGAUGGAUACAGCUACACGAAGAUACAGAAAGGGCGGUGCACACUUUGAAGGAGCAUUUAUCAUAUUAUUUGGGAAAAUUAAAAAGUUUGUAUAGCGUGGAUGAAAACAUUGCAGAGGACCAAAUGCGGAAAGGCAAGCAUACUAUUGACGCAACCAUGAAGAUCACACAAGAGUAUCACAAUAGGCUCUUUUUCUACUACAUCAUAAAGGAUAAUUUGCCCGAGUCUGAGCAUGAGCGUUUUAUACAUGUAGGCAGAGAAUCCUUUACCCUAUUUAUAAAUGAGCUAGUUACUAUGGAGGAGCGUGAGUUAAAUAAAUGCGUACUGGAGUAA